AUGUUUGAUGCAACGCUUUAUGAGAGUGCUCAUGGCGCAGAUGGUUACGUUCGAGUCAACUCCGAUGCACAUGCAACUUGCAGUGUACUGUAUAAGCUUCAGCGAGCCCGGUUGGCUCACCGAUUCCAGCGCUCGGCUGUGCCUCAGAGUUCGAGACUUUAA